AUAUGCUCUACCUUCUUCCACUGCCUUUUCUUGCGUUAUCUCCUCAACCAUCUCUCUCUGGUUUUAGGGUUUCUAUUCCCUUUUCUUGUUUUUAUAGGGUUAGGAGGUAUUUCUCCAAUAUGAUGCAACCUCCUGCAGGCGUCGCUCCUCCUUCCAUUGAUCAGCAGCAGCAGCAGCACCAUCAGCCACCGCAGCAGCACGUGCAGUAUCACCAGCAGCCACUUCCACAGCAACAACAGCAGCAUCAGCAGUGGAUGAUGCCGCCUCCACAGCAGGCGCAUUACCCGCAGCAGCCGCCGCCUAUGUGGAACCAGCCUCCCCAACAGGUUCUGCCGCAGCAGUCCCAACCCCAGCAGCAGCUGCCUCCGCCGCAGUACGCGCAGGCGGCACCCCAGCUGGCUCCCCAGCCGGCGACCGCUGAUGAGAUUCGGACGCUUUGGAUCGGGGACUUGCAGUAUUGGAUGGACGAGAGUUAUAUCAAUAGCUGUUUCGGUCAAACUGGAGAGGUUGUUUCAGUGAAGGUCAUCCGCAAUAAGCAGACUGCGCAAUCCGAGGGUUAUGGUUUUAUUGAGUUCGUAAACCGUGCUGCUGCAGAAAGAACUCUGCAGACAUACAAUGGGACACAGAUGCCUAGUGUUGAGCAAAAUUUCAGACUUAACUGGGCGUCCUUUGGCGUUGGAGAGAGGAGGCCGGAUGAUAGCGCCGACUUCCCGAUAUUUGUUGGAGAUUUGGCUUCUGAUGUUACAGAUUACAUGUUACAAGAGACAUUCAGGAGUCACUAUCCCACAGUUAAAGGUGCAAAAGUUGUCACUGAUAGAACUACUGGACGUUCAAAGGGAUACGGGUUUGUAAGGUUUGGGGAUGAAGGUGAACAGAUGCGUGCUAUGACUGAAAUGAAUGGAAUGUUCUGUUCUACAAGACCCAUGCGGAUUGGCCCGGCCACUACCAAGAAGAAUGUGGGUGCUCAGCAACAAUACCCUGCAAAAGCUCCUUACCAGUCUGCUCAAGCAACUCAGUCCGAGAAUGAUCCAAAUAACACAACAAUCUUUGUUGGUGCUUUGGAUCCAAAUGUUACUGAUGACCAUCUGAGACAAGUUUUUAGCCAAUUUGGGGAAUUGGUCCACGUCAAGAUACCUCUAGGCAAACGUUGUGGAUUCGUUCAAUUUGCUAACAGAGCUUGUGCAGAGGAAGCUUUAUUGAUGUUGAAUGGGACACCGUUGGGGUCACAAAAUAUUAGACUUUCAUGGGGCCGUAGUCCUUCAAACAAACAGAACCCUUCUGCCGGAUGGGUUCAGCCUCAGCCAGAUCCAAACCAGUGGAAUGGUGGUGGUUACUAUGGGUAUGGGCAAGGCUAUGAAGCUUAUGGGUAUGCUGCACCUCCACAAGAUCCUAACAUGUAUUCUUAUGGAGCAUAUCCUGGCUAUGGGAACUAUCAGCAACAACAGUGAUCUUUGCUGCCAGGAGCAACCAAGAGACAUGAACAUGGGGAGAGACUUCCCAGAGAUGGAUGGUGGUGAUGUGUAGAGAGCACUUUGAAUUGGCGAUUUUCAUCGUCAUGAAACACCUGGAUGCUUGUCGCACCAAGACAGAGAUUGAAUCCUACUACUUUUGUGUAAUCUAUUUUACUGAGGUUUGUCUAAUUCCUUGCUGCAGUUUAUUUUGGGUUGUGUCAGUUUUCCUAUGGAGUGCUGCUGGGGAUUGGGAGAAAAAGAAAAAAAAUCUGUCCAUUUUCUGAAGUCAGUCAGCCAGCUGAGCUUUUGCAGGUGGGCACAUUUCAUUUAAAAGACCCAACUAACAGCAUAUACAAACUCUAUAUAACUUUGGUUGGCUGAGUA